AUGGCGGGGGCCGGGCCGGGCCGGGGCCCGCGGGGCGCGGCGCUGGGGCUGGCGCUGGGCCUGGCGCUGGGGCUGUCCUGCCUGCUGCUGCGGGGCGCGCUGCUGGUGGCCGCGGCGCUGGGCGCGGCGGGGGCCUGGUGCGCCCUGCGGCCCGGCCCGCCCGCCCAAGCCGCCGCCAAUGGGCGCCUGGCCUCGGGCCGGCCCGCGAGGGCCCCGCCGCGCCGCCUGGGCGUCCCGCCGGCCGCCCCGCGCUGUUCGCCGCAAGCCCCGCGCCGCCGCUACCCGGUGCCGCAGGCCCGGGGCACCGCGCUGCUGGGCCUGCCCGCCGCUCGCCCGGAGGGCUGCUGGCCCCGCAGCUCCCCCUGGGCCCGCCGGGCCGCCCCGCUCCGCAGCCCCGUCACCGUCAGGAUCGCCCCGCCGGCCGCUGGCCUGGCCCGCUCCCCAGCCCUGGAGCAGCUCACUUCGCCUUUGGCCUUCCCGAGCCACAGCCCCGAUCCAUGUGCGAGGGAGACAGUGCUGAAUGCCAUCAAGGAGAGCAGGAAGAGGGCUGUGGAGGAGGAGGAGGACGACCAGGCUUUUGGGAACGAUCAGGAGAGCAAGAGGAGGCGCCACGACAGCAGUGGGAGCGGGCAGUCAGCCUUCGAGCCGCUGGUGGCCAACGGUGCCCCUGCCUCUCUCAUACCCAAGCCUGGCUCUCUGAAGAGGAGCCUUGUCUCACACUGCCUGGAUGACAGCUUGAACAAGAGGUCCCGCACCUCUUCCAUCAGCUCCCUCAACAACACGUAUGCUGGUGGGAUCCCCAGCUCCACCCGCAACGCCAUCGCCAGCUCCUACAGCUCCAGCCGGGGCCUCUCACAGCUGUGGAAGAGAAGUGGUGUGAGUGUGUCCCCACUCUCCAGCCCAGCAUCCUCCCGCUCCCAGACACCGGAGUGGCCUCUUAAGAGAGCCAGGGAAGAGGAGUUGCAUCGCUCCAAUGCUUCCACUCCAGUGAAGUCGAACAAGGAGCUGCAGACAGAGAAAGUGGAGACGCCGGUGUGGAAAAAGCAGAAUUCCCUGAGCCCGCUGUCAGCGUCAGGGAGCAGCGGGAAGCGCAAGCGGAAGAUCCAGUUGCUGUCGUCUCACCGGGGGGACCAGCUGGCGCUGCCCCCACCGCUUCAGCUGGGCUACUCCAUCACGUCGGAGGACCUGGAUGCAGAGAAGAAGGCGGCGUUGCAGUGGUUCAACAAAGUCUUGGAGGAUAAGGCUGAUGCAGUCCCCAGCACCACUGCAGAGACUACACCCAUGUCCAGGCCACUGGUGUUCACUGUGACCUCCUCGGGGCCUGCGCCCACCUCGACAGCUCCUGCCCCGGUCGGCACCAACGCGCUCCUAGACAGCCUGAAGAAGAUGCAGAGCAGCCAGACUGUGCCUGUGCCAGCAGACUCCACUGGAACUGUGGCAGCAUCCCAGGCACCUCCAUCAGCUGUGCAGCUACCCACUCCUGCUGCCUCUGUGGAGCCAAGUUCUCUGCCUGUCACCUCUGCUGACACCAAGCCCGUGUUGAGCACGCCUGUCCCUGCUGCCCCCCCUGCCCUGGAGGUGCAGGCCCCGAGCAGCCUGGCACCUUCUGCGUUCACAGAGCUGGGCGAGACCCCCAGUAAGCCGCCCUCGUUUCCGAAGCCAAGCAUCCUUUUCGGGGCGCUGAACACCCCUCCUGUCAGCCAGCCCGCCGCGACCACAGCUGCUGCUGCGCCCACCAUGACAGCUGCUGCACCCACCACUGCCCCGGUCUUCAAACCCAUCUUUGGUGCUUUGCCAAAGAGCGAGACCACAGCACCUUCCACUGCUGUCAUCUCCACCACGGUCACUGUGUCUGCGAGCUCAGGCCCUGCCUCAACAUCCUCCACCACCACCAUGUUCAAGCCUAUUUUUGGCAGCGUCACCACAGCUUCAUCUCCAGCGAAGGUCUCUCCUUUCACCUUCAAACCAGCAUUGCAACCGGCCUCGGCUGCAGAUCUGCCAGCAGCCUCCACAAGCACCCUGUCAGGAUUCACAGGUCUCCCGAAUGUCAUCUUCACCACCGCAGCCACAACAGCCACCACCCAGAGUUCUUCCACAGAUGCUGCCAUUAAACCUGUCUUCAGCUUUGGGCUCAACCCAUCUGCCUCUACCAGCUCUGCUGCCAGCCUGACGGUCACUGCUGCCACAUCCACCACCGCGUCACAGCCCUUUCUCUUUGGGGGCCCAACUAGCUCAGUUCCCAGCACGGAAACCAGCUUUUCCACCCCAGGGCCUGUGUUCCAGUUUGGAAAGCCACUUCCAGCCACAGUCACCACCACCACCAGUGUCCCAGGAGGCCCUGCCUUUGGUCAAGCACCUUCAAACUCGAUGGCUCCUACCACCACUGUGGGCUUUAGCAUAUUUGGGACCACCACACUGACCUCUUCUAUCCCAGCCACCACAGGCCAAGCCACAUUGACGUUUGGCUCCUCCAUCUCAGCUUUUGGCAGCUCCUUCAGCGCAAGCACAAAGCCACCACCAUACCCUGGUGCAGUGAGUCAGGCCCCCUUCAGUGCUGCUGCUGCAGAGAGCCAGCCCCCCGCCAGCAAGCCUGCUGCUGGCCCUGUCGCCUUUGGCCCCCCGUUCAGCUUUGGAGCCCCCCCAGCCCAGUCGGCCGCUCAGCCGGCGUUCGGCAGUGCUGCCCCACCAGCCUUUGGCACCGCCAGUGCCCAGGGCUCCUUUGGCACCAGCAGCACCCAGGUGGCAUUCGGGACCACCACAUCGGUCUUCUCUUUCGGGACAGCCACCUCCACCACCGCCAGCUUCGGUUCCACCACCCAGACCAUGAGCAGCAGCUCCGGCACCACCAUCUUCGGCGCCACCCCUUCUCCUUUCACCUUUGGGGCAACGGCCCAGCCCGGCCCCUCUGCCAGCGCCUUCGGGGUCAGUGCACCCACCCUGGGCAGCUCUUCCAGCGUGGCCUUCAACUUCGGGGCUGGGCAGAGCGGGGUGGCCCCGGCAGCACCGCCAUUCGGCUCCUCCCCGAGCGUGCAGAGCCAGAGCACGCCCUUCGCCCUCACCGUGCCCAGCACCCCCAGCACCAGGCCUGCCUUCGGAGGAACUCCUGCACCCACCUUUGGGCAAAGCACACCUGUCCCAGGAGCAGUUGGCAGCGGGGGCAGUAGCCUUUCCUUCGGGACACCUGGCGCUCCUGCCUCAGGCUUCGGAGGAGUUGGCACUUCCUUUGGUUCGUCUGCUCCUACCUUUUCCAUCGGGGCAGGAUCCAAGAUGGGCACUCGCCAGCGGCUGCAGGCACGGAGGCAGCACACCCGCAAAAAGUAACCCCCAGUGCUGCUGGGCCCCCACUGCCAGCCUGCCUGGACCCCUGUGCGUGGGGGGGACUCCGUCUGGAGCAGUCCCCAUGGUGGGGACUGGUGGUGACAGGGCCAGGCCCCAGUCUCUGACACCAGCCGGAGACUGGGUUGGGAUGGGAGAAACCAAACUCUUCUUACUUGAACAGUUCCAGAGCCAAGGCUGGAUGAACGUCUGUACAUAUCUGCAGUGUUUUGUCCCUCACUUUAGUUUGCCAUGUUCCAUAAUGUGUAAAUUUUUCCCUCUUUGCUGCUUCUAGCUGUCCCCUGCCCUCCCCCCAGCCCCCUCUGUCAGCUCCCUGCCCAUGGCAGCUGGCAGAGCUGUGCAGCCCUGCUCAGAGCCCAGCUGGAGAUGUGCUGGUUCCUGCCAGCUUCUGAGGGAUCCGUCUUCACCAGGGCCCAAAAAUCUUUCCCCGGUGUUUCGUCCUGUGGCCUGGUGAACACGCUUCCUUGGGAUGGCUCCGUGUUAGUGCUGUCCCUGCCAGACCUGCGCUGGGGUUGGUGCCAGCCUGGUGUGGCUGUCUCAGUGCUGGGGAUGACCAGCUCAGCCUCUGUGGCCAGGUGACAACCCCCUGCUGUGACUUAACACCACCCCCCCCCCAGUUCAGACCCUCAACCUCCAUCUGAGGAUGUGCCAUAGCUCGGGCUGGGCUAGAGGUGUGGGGUGGGGAUGGGGGUCCCUUCCCCUGCUUCCCAGUCACUGAGACCCACCCCUGUGUCCUUGCUGCUGCCUGCUGGGCUGUGCCCCCCCUCCCCUCCCCCCCCCAGCUCAUGUAGAUCCCCCCUGUUUCGCUUUAUUCGUGCUCCCGUUUCUGUGCACUCACUGAAUCGAGUUUGGAGGAAGAUCUGACCCGUGUGCGUGGCGGCAUGUUGGUUAUGCCGGAUUUGCUGUUUGGAGUUUCUUUUUUUGGGGGCGCCCAUCCCUUUUUGGGGGGGACGUGCCCUGGCUAAUUGGGUGUUGACAGUAGCAUCACUGCGUGGCUACUCGCGCUGGGUGAGUUGUCCCUUCGUCAUAGUGACGGAUGGGCCGGCAGCCGGGGUGGAGGGGACGGGGCCUGGAAGCCCAAGCGUGGGGGGCUCUGGCCCUGGCAGUCUCUCUUCUCUCUCCGCUUCUCUCCUGGUGCCCUCCCCCACCUUGGGGUGCUCUGGAGCCUCUAAUGGAGUACAGAGCAGGUGGGUUCCCCACCUUUCUCCCCCCCCCCCACAUCUGGGUUUUCCAUUUUUUAGCUUGCCCCAACCCAUCCUUUUGGGUUUUACCAGCUCCCAGGAGCUGCGGUGCUGCCUCCCCUUUUCCUAUCCCACCAUUCCCUGCCUGGUAGCUCCUAUGGAAAGAGACUGCCAGAGUCAGGGGUUACCCAGAGAGUUGCCCCCCACCCUGCCCUGGGCAAUGGGACAGGCACCUCUUGCCCAUGGGCUUCCCACCACUUCCAGGAGUGCUUUGCUGCCGGUUUUUUUUACUCUCCAAGCCGUGUGACUGUGUGUGUCUGCCGAGUCUAAAUUAAAAAAAAAAAAAAGAAAAAAAAAAAGAAAAAAAAAGUCACAGACAAAUAUUUAAACAUUUUUUAACAAAGUAAAGAUUUAUUUUUAUAUUUAAGCUAAAUUGCCUUCAAAUUCCUUCAAGCUUGGUACAGUGAGGUUGCCAGACCCCGCGGCGCUGUCGGUGUGUUUCGCUGUGCCAGAGUGGAGCUGGGGCAGGGCAGCCAGGUCCUGCCGUGCUCCCCCGGCCUGCAGCAGCAUCUCCUUCAUUUUAAAAUGUGAUUGAUGUAUGUGGAUGUGACUAAACCUGUUUAUUUUUUAUUCUUUCUCCACGGGUGAGGAGCAGGAGCUCUCGCAUGUUACAGGCUCUGCCAGGAACGCGGAGUCUCUCCCAGCAGGUGACAGGGCUCUGCAGGGGAGCAGGGGAUGUGUCAGCAGCACCUGCUGCCUGUGCUGGUGGGGUUGGGGGUUUAGAGCGUUCCCUGACCAGUUUGGCCCAAGAGGGGGUGCAAGGGACUGUCAGAGCAGGACAGGAGGAGAUGGCCUGGGCAAAUGUCCCCAGCUCCAGGGCUGCCAGUGGCACAGGGCAGGAGAGCAGCUCAGGGGUGAGGGGGCAGGGCUUGGCCAGCUCUGCUCCAGCAAGACCCCAUGGCAGAGGGAGAUGGUGAUGAGCAAGGGAAAGGUACCCCGGGGAGCACUGGCUGGUGGGGAUGACCCCAGGGGGCUGCCCCCCACGUAGCAGCCCCGUUGAGAGCCUGUGGGCCCAGCAAGGAGCCAGGCUGCAUCCUUUCCCCACCCCACAGACCCUGCUGGGAGAGACCCUUGCGCAUGGCUGCUGUACGUGCCCAGGGGGAGGCUGGGUUUAAACUCAAAGACUUGGAUCAUUCCUGGUAUGGUUGAUGAGGAUUUAGUGUGAAUGUGCAAUUUAUUUUUUUUUCCCUUGCUUCUUCUGUCCCUGGUUUAAAAUAAAGACUGUGUUCACACUGGC